UCAUGUCACUAAGAUGCCCAUUGGUCUGUGGUAAUAGGUUAAACUGAGGAUCGUAUUUUUGUUCCUGUGUCAACGAAAAGAAGAAAAGAAGAGUAACCAGUGAGACCCGGCUAAGUUUUGAUCAAAGAUAGUUUUUCAAAUCACAACCAAACAGUCUCUUUAUAUCUGACUCCAGCCGGACACACACCGCCUCAGCAGAACUCUUUUUGAAGAUGAACUCCAAUGUGGAGAAUUUACCUCCUCAUGUUCUUCGCUUGGUCUACAAAGAGGUUUCAGCUUUAGCAGCGGACCCUCCUGAGGGUAUCAAGAUUUAUCCCAGUGAGGAAGACAUAACAGAACUGCAUACAGCCAUCGAAGGACCUGAGGGAACUCCGUUUGCUGGUGGCGUUUUCCGAAUGCGUCUGGUCCUCGGGAAGGACUUCCCUGCGGUUCCACCCAAGGGGUAUUUCCUGACCAAGAUUUUUCACCCCAAUGUGGGCCACAAGGGAGAGAUCUGUGUCAACGUGUUGAAGAGGGACUGGAAGGCAGAACUCGGCCUCCGACACGUCUUACUUACAAUCAAGUGUCUUCUCAUCCAUCCGAAUCCGGAGUCGGCACUGAAUGAAGAAGCCGGCCGUUUGCUGUUAGAGGACUAUGCAGAAUAUGAGUCCCGAGCUCGUCUGCUCACAGAGAUCCACGCCAUGGGCGGGACCUCUGGGGCACCUCAGGACCCUAAUGACGGCCCACAGCCGAAGAAGCACGCAGGUGACCCAACAAAGAGAGCGGGACCCAGUGCAGCUGCUGUUCCGGCAGCUCUGGGUAAUGGAGCUAAUGGAGCCAGUACCACCAGCAGCAAUAGCAACAGCAGUAGUAGCUCUAAUAAUGUAGCAGGGAAAAAGAAAGCAGAUAAAAAGCGUGCAUUGAGGCGACUUUAAUACCUCAGCAAAAUUCUCAGUGUGUGUGCGUACGUGUGUGAGCGCGAGAGUGUGUAUAUAUAAAUAUUGAAGUGUGCUGACGAUGUUUUUUCCCUUUUUUCUGACUCUUUCUACCACCUAUCGAGACUGUCCACUUGGUAUUCAUAGUUUCCUUCUGUCUUGCCACCACUUUGUCCUGUUGGCAUUACAGGUUUUGUUAAUUAUUUCCAUACCUAAAGACACAAUGAGAAAUAUCUGUUCCGAUUUUAAAGGAAAGACGAUAGCAUCACUGCGGAAAUCAUGCCAUCUGUUGUAUUUUGCCCUCAGCCUAGCGCAAAUGAAUGAUACAGGGAAUGGAUUUCACUGUGCAAAACAUGGCCUCUAAUGUCUGUCCAUCACUGAGACUCCACCGCUACAGUCUCGGCGCUUUUUAAAGUGUUUCUUGGUAAAUGCUGCUGUGAUGGUACUGUGUACUGCUCAGCCAGGCUCACCCGCAAGUGUAAACCAGGAUGCUUAUUUGAUUAAAAUAAAAUUUUCAAAUUGAGCUCGAAGGAAAUAAAGGAAGAAGUUUCUAAAAAGAUUAUGCAAAACGUCGGUGAGUUCGCUAUUGGGAGAGACCUGUUGUCAGUGUCGAGAAAAAUGGUAACAUCUUUUAAAAUUGUAUUUUUCAUAUUGUGACCUGCAUGAAGUAAAGGCAGUUAGCAGUGGAGUAUAAGAGGUAGGUCUGUUUUGUUCAUCAUGGAAUCUCAACUCGUUUUUAAGUUUUUUUUUUAAAAAUAGUUUCACUGUCCAGUAUUUUCAAAGGUUGUUUAUAAUCGACAUGUUCAUAUUCAGCUGUCUUGUGGUUGUGUGUGAAGACCUAGAUCAGUGGCUUUAAGGGAACAGGGUAGGCUGCCAGACUAUAAAAAAUGAAUAAUUUAUUCUCUGUAUUAAGCAUACAUUGGUGUGACUCGUUGAAACUACCCCUGCUCCCCCUGCAGCAUGUGCUCUCACGUACCCAGCUGUCCGACCAGCCGUGUGGGUACCUGAGAAGACAUUGCAGGAAAAACCUUCCACGUUUGAUAGAACUCAUCUCCUGACCCGUUGCACUGGGGAGGUUUCCUGGGCAGGUUUUCUCUCUGUUCUAAAUGCAUGCGGGGCCUACAUUUCCCAAGGAAACACACAUCUGAUGCACUGUGUUAAAUUGGAUGGAAAAGGUGCCUCUGAAACUCCUGUCAUUGUGCAGACUGUUGGCUGGACAUUUUGUGUCCAUUU